AUGCGAAGGGUUUUGUGGGAGUACAGCAUAAUAGUGGCGCGUCGAGACGUGUUCAAUAUGGACGUUCACUUUGUGGAUCGCGACGGUCGACGAAAACCUUUUAACUUUGAGUGGUUACAAGAUGUGCUUGGAGAUAGGUGUCAGUCAGACCUGCAGAUAUCGGAUGAGGAGACAGAAUCGGCUGUCAAUGUACCUCGACUACUAGAUGAUGAAGGUGAUAUACCCUCAGAGAUUCCACCAGGUAACCAUAACAGCGACAGUGACUCAGAUCAAAAUAUGACUUUGACAGGGCUACAGCACAGAAAUCAGGACAACUUGCCCCCACCUACAAACUCCUGCCACCUCGAAAUGCCUAAUAGUCAUCAGGCACAAAAAAGACCUAGAAUCUGGAAAGCUAUUACUUAUAUACUGAUGUGGAGCAUAAUUUUCCUUCUCAACUUGUACCUCUGA